AUGCGCAUCAAAGAAGCCAGCGCCCAGAAAAGUCGCGCCCCCUCCUCUCCUCGCCUCCACCUCCUUCAAAUCUCCGUCGUAGAGAGAAGGCGACCCCCUCCUUCCCCCAGAGGACUGCGUGCGUGUGCAUCACCGCUCGGCUUUGGCGAAAGCUUUUUAUUUGCCCGCCUCACCGCCCCCGCGCCCUCCCAAAGGCGAGGACGCGCGUCUUUUGUCGCACUCAAUGGUUCAAUAUACAAACUGCGCGCCCGCAGGGGAAAAACAAACAAACUCUUUACUCACCGGGCAAGUCCAUGGCAGUGUCCGCAUUGCUGUCACCAUCCGCCCGCGCGCCUCGGUCCGUUCAUUGGAAACCAGGGGGAUCCGCGCCACUUAUCCGAACCCCUGAAAAUGAGUGUCGUCGAAGGUGACUACCAGUACUACCAUUACGGCUGCGAUGGGCAAAAUGACAGAGGAUGGGGGUGUGGUUAUCGCACUAUCCAGACGAUGGCUUCCUGGCUGAGCCGCAACGUCAAUCCUCAGGUCCAAAGCAGACCACCGCCGAGCAUCCCAGAGAUCCAACAAGCCUUGGUCUCCAUGAUGGACAAGCCAAGCUGGUUUCUGGGCUCCAAAGAGUGGAUUGGGACGUUUGAAGCUUCUAUUGUCCUCUCCUGUUUCUAUGAUGUUCCUUGUAGGUUGGUUCACGUCAGAAGCGGAGGAGCGGAACUGGAGCAGGUGGCCGUGGAAGAACUUCAUCAGCACUUUGCCAAACACGCUUGUCCUGUCAUGAUGGGCGGAGACAGGGAUAACUCGUCGAAGGGGAUCUUAGGGGUGUGCACCGGGACUGUUGGAAGCUACCUGCUUAUUUUGGACCCCCAUUACCAUGGCAGUCCGUUAGAGAGAGGAGAGGUCCAAAGGAGGGGUUGGGUGGAGUGGAAAAGACUAGCAUCUUUCAAUCAGUCCUCCUUUUAUAAUCUGUGUUUACCACAGACUGAGAAAAGAACUCCAACUAGUCAUUGA